UCUCUCUCUCUUUUAAAAAUAUAUCUUCUAUUUAUAUAUAAAUUGUGACUGUGUUUUGCCCAUCUUUGCUUCAAAUUCCAUUUCUUUUGAUUUAAUUAAGGGUACCUAGUUGAAGCAAGCAACAAGAUAAGAAAGCAAAGCAGGAGAGAGAGGGGAUGACACCACAUCCUCUGUUUUCAUUCUCAUUCUUAGUUUUCCCUGCCAUUCAAAUUUUCACAUGACCUCUCAUUAUUAUUUUUAUUAUUAUUAGUUUCUUUUGUUUCUAUCACCAACCAUUCAUCUUUGGAUGGUGAAUUCCCCAUCUGGGUUCCUCUCUUUUUCCUUUGAUCUCUUCGCCUUCUCUCAAUUUCUUCUUCUCUGAUCCCAGAAAAGAAAAAAAAAACUAAAAAACAUUAAAAACAAAAAUAAAAAAAAAACAUAGCUGCUUUGUUUUCUCUCUUUGCUGGAUUAGAUAUUUUGGUUCAGUUUUUAUUAUUGAUGCUCCUAAGAUCCGAUUCUCUUAGAUCGAAUUUGGCAUAACCCACUUCGUAUCUGAUUGAAGCACCAACUGGGUUCUGUCUGAGAUUCAACAUAAGAACAGAUGGAGUCGGAUCUUGGCAAGCUCUUCAUUGGGGGAAUUUCCUGGGACACCGAUGACGAACGUCUCAAAGAAUAUUUUGGGAAAUAUGGAGAGGUGAUAGAGGCUGUGAUCAUGAGAGAUCGGACAACAGGCCGUGCUCGUGGUUUCGGUUUUGUUGUCUUUGCUGAUCCUUCUGCUGCAGAGAGAGUCAUUAUGGAUAAGCACAUAAUUGAUGGCCGCACAGUUGAAGCUAAGAAAGCUGUUCCUAGGGAUGAUCAGCAAACUAUAAACAGACAGUCUGGUAGCAUCCAUGGAUCUCCGAGUCCUGGACGCACCAAAAAGAUUUUUGUUGGAGGUUUACCAUCAACAAUCACAGAGAGUGACUUUAAGAAGUACUUUGAUCAGUUUGGUACAAUUGCUGAUGUUGUUGUAAUGUAUGAUCACAAUACCCAGAGGCCAAGAGGUUUUGGCUUCAUCACUUAUGAUUCAGAAGAAGCUGUGGACAGAGUUCUUUAUAAGACAUUUCAUGAACUCAAUGGGAAGAUGGUUGAGGUCAAGAGGGCAGUUCCUAAAGAGCUUUCCCCUGGACCUACCCGAAGCCCAUUGAUAGGAUAUAACUAUGGUUUGAAUAGGACCAGUGGCUUCCUAAAUAGUUAUGCUCAGGGUUUCAAUAUGAAUCCAAUUGGAGGUUAUGGAGUCAGGAUGGAUGGAAGGUUUAGUCCUCUUACUAGUGCCAGAAGUGGGUUUAGCCCAUUUGGCUCCAGUGGUUAUGGAAUGGGAGUGAAUUUGGAUUUAGAAUUGAACCCAAGCUAUGGAGGGACUUCCAGUUAUGGUGGCAGUCUGGGAUACGCUCGGAUGAGUCCUUUCAACAAUGGCAACUCUAACAGAUAUACCACUCCUAUUGGCAAUAGCGGGGGCAAUGGGAGAAGCGAUUCUCUUAUGAACUCAGCUUCCCGGAGUGUUUGGGGAAAUGGGGGCCAGAACAAUGCUGCCAAUAGUCCAGUCAGCCCUGGCGCUUACUUGGGAUCUGGAAGUGGGGCUUUUGGUGUUUCAAUUGGAAAUGGUGGCACCAAUUGGGGUCCAUCAGUUCCAACCCAGGGUGGAGGGGCUGCCACUGGGUAUAGUACUUGGGGUAACUCUUAUGAUGGUGGAGAUAACAACAUCAGUUUAGGAGGUGGAGGGUAUGGAAGGAACAGCAGCCCCAGUGUGCCUCAAUCCUCAACAUUUACUGCACCAACUGGUGAUUAUGAAGGAUCCUAUGGGAACUUGUACCGCAAUGGUUCAGUUUACAGUGACUCAACUUGGCGGUCUGCUGCUUCUGAGAUAGAUGCUUCUGGUUCGUUUGGUUACGGUGGACUUGGUGGUAUAGCUUCAGAUGAUCCAGUAAAGAGUUCUGAUGGUUUUAUUGGAAACUACAAUGUAAUAAGUAGACAAACUAAUAGAGGAAUUGCUGCUUAGGAGAUAUGUUAAUUGGAUAUGUUAUGGUAACAGUAGAUCAAGGGAAACUGGUUAAAGAAAACGAGGUAUUGUGAAAUCAUACAGAAGCUAAAUCAGUUACAAGUGUUUUUUGUGUAAGGUUUGGGAUUUUUUUUGUCUUUAUUUUUCAAGGCUAGGUUCCUUUCUUGGAAUUUGAUUGAGGUGUAACAUCAGAUUGCGGGAUAUACUCAGGAAGAUUGGUUCCAGUAGUUUAAUUGUGCAUUGCUGGAAAGGUGCACCAUCAUCGUUAGUAUGCUUAAUGAUAGUUUAUUAAUUUUUGAAUUUUUUUUUGCCACUGUAAUGCUUGGCAAAGCUGUUUGUUCUUGUCACCAUCUUUUUCAUGGGACAUGUUUCUGAUCAAAUUGUAAGUGAUGUUCAGUUUGAUUUAUCAGGUUUGAUACAUUAGAGGGGUACCCAUCUUGGAUCCCCCAUCAAAUAAUUAGUUAAUGGACAGAUAUUAUUUUUUGUUAGACUUUUGUUAUACAACUUUAUACUUUGGUUUAUUGUUGC